UCCCAACAACAAAAACCAGAAGACAUGCACACCGAGCAGUACCAGAGCCUUGUGAUCGAAGAUGUUGGCGGCAUAGAUGGCAUCAAGCGAGUGCUCUUUGCUUACGGAGCUUCCAAUCAUUGGUCUGUACACCUCCUGCUCAUGGAUGCCGUUCGUUACCUUCUCAGCUCAGUACCUCAAAAGGAAUCCCUGAAGGCCCUAGAGUUUGAUAUCGGUUACGAUCGGUGGGUUCACGUCGAUAUCGAUGAUAUAUUUGUGGCCAGUCCUGAGAGCCAACUCUACCCCAAUGAUGUAAAGCUUGUGGUCCACGUCUUAACUGAACUCGUGACUGGUUACUGGCUUUGA